AUGGAGCCUUCGGAAGUACCUGGUCAGAAUAGCAAAGAUAAUUUUUUGGAAGUUCCUAAUUUGUCUGAUUCUCUUUGUGAAGAUGAAGAAGUUAAAGCUAUUUUCAAACCUGGCUUCUCCCCUCAACCGAGCAGACGAGGUUCUGAGGCUUCUGAAGAGGUCUACGAGCACACUGCAUCCUCAGGUGGCAGAAGAGUUUCGUUUGCUGACAACUUUGGAUUCAAUCUUGUGUCUGUGAAAGAGUUUGAUAGCUGGGAAUUUCCGAGUGUGUCCACCACCUUUGAAUUAGGAAAGGAUGCUUUCCAGACAGAAGAAUAUGUGUUAUCUCCACUGUUUGACUUGCCUGCCUCAAAGGAAGAUCUUAUGCAACAGCUACAAGUUCAGAAAGCAAUACUGGAGUCAACUGAAUAUGUUCCUGGUUCUACAAGUAUGAAGGGUAUUAUUCGAGUUUUGAAUAUUUCUUUUGAGAAGUUAGUAUAUGUGAGAAUGUCCUUAGAUGACUGGCAAACCCAUUACGACAUUUUGGCAGAAUAUGUUCCUAACUCGUGUGAUGGUGAAACCGAUCAGUUCUCCUUCAAGAUUUCAUUGGUUCCUCCUUAUCAAAAAGAUGGCAGUAAAGUUGAGUUUUGUAUACGUUACGAAACUUCUGUUGGUACAUUUUGGUCAAAUAAUAAUGGCACAAAUUAUACAUUGGUUUGUCAAAAGAAGGAACCUGAGCCAGAGCCUGGAAAGCCAUUGGAAGAAGCAUCUAGUAAACAAAAAAAAGGCUGCUUGAAGGUAAAAUCAAGUAAGGAAGAAUCAUCAGAAACAUCAGAAGAAAAUAACUUUGAAAAUUCAAAGAUUGCAGAUACCUAUCUCCCAACAAUUGUUUGUUCUCAUGAGGACAAGGAAGAAUUGAAAAGCAGUUAUCAAAAUGUAAAAGAUGUAAACAUGGAACAUGAUGAACAUAAUGAAAAAGAAUUAGAGUUGAUGAUAAAUCAACGCUUAGUAAGAACUAGAUGUGCUGCUUCUGAAUAUGAAAAGAACACAUUGUCAUCAGAUCCAUCCAAUAGUCCAAAUAAAGCUGAAGAGUUACAGAAGAACCAAAUCCACAGUGAAGCAUGCACUGACUUGUCCCAAAGGCCUUUGUCUCCAGGUUCAUCAGCAGGAAGUUCCUUCAAGGGAGAUUUUUACCACACUGUAAAAUAUUCCUCAGGAAAUGAGUCCAGUCAUCAGCCUUCAGAUAUGGGAGAAAUCAAAGCCUCAUUGGGAGGUACUACCAGUGAUGGAUCAGUGCAAUUACACAUCAGCAGUAAAGAAAUCCUGGAUGAUAACGCUAAUCCAGCCCAUGGGAGUGGCAGAGGGGAAAUAUCUUGCUCCUUCCCAGGUCAACUUAAGGCAAGUAACCUAAAUAAAAAGUAUGAAGGAGGGGCUGAGAACAGUGAAAUAAAAGAUUGGGAACGUUUACCAAGAGAUGUCCAUUUGAAAGCAUCUGACUAUUUUGAAAAAUCAACAGAAAAAAGAACCUCCAAUGAAGAUUACGGGACUAGCAAGGAUAAGAAGGAAAAAAGAAUACAGUUAGAUGUUAAUGAAAAACCAAGCAAAAAUUUUCGAUCAGUCUUCUAUGACCAAGAAAGAAAUGUGGGCCACCUUGAAAUAACUGUGGAAGGGAUUGAAGCCAGUGUCAGAGACUUAACUUCUCUGCCAACCAAAGCUACCACAGUUCCAACUUGGGGAAUCAUGGAAGAUACAUUUCACUCAUCAAGGACAACUUUAGGUUGGGAAGAAGCUGUGUUAACAACCCCAGAACAUGAUCUCUCUUCUAGUGAAGGCACUAUUUUAGGAGGGCUAACUGGAGGGGUUGGUUCACCAAGAAAUGGAAAUGUUUUGAAGAAUGAUUAUCUUUUCCAAGUUGAAAAAAGAAACUCCGGUUGGAUUAAUCCUGAAGAUCAGAAUAAGGACACACAGCAUCAACAAAGUUGGAAUGUUCUGGAAAGUCAGGAAAAAGUGAGAGGGAGUAAGACAAAUAUAGCAGAGCAGAUCAAAGAACAAGUAGCCUGUGAAGACAUGUGGAAAAAAAGAGAUAACACAGGGAGUUUGAAAGCUACUCCUGCUGAAGCAUUGUUUACCUGCCAAGAAGCAGAGCACUGUGAACUGUCUUCUCUAGCUGAUCAUGGUAUUCCUGGGAAAGCAGAAGCAGGUACAGCUUGUAUAAUUAAGACAACAUCAGAAACUACUCCAGAAAGCAUGUCUGCUGGAGAAAAAGCGAUAAUUGCUAAGCUACCUCAAGAGACAGCACGAAGUGACAGGCCCAUGGAGGUAAAGGAAACAGCGUUUGAUCCACAUGAAGGGAGAAAUGAUGAUUCACAUUAUACCCUUUGUCAACGAGACACAGUCGGUGUAAUCGAUGACAACGGUGUUGAAAAGGAAUCCCAUUUAGGUAUUUGUAAUGCUCGUCUAGAUGAAACGCAGAAGGAGGAAGCCAUGUCUAUGUACAGCCCUGGGAAGAUGCGUGACAGGGAGAAACUCGGCAUUGGAAGUAUCACAUCUGUAGAAGAAUCCUCACAGGUCAUUGCAAAUAAUGAAAAGGCAACUUCAAGGCUGGAUUUACAUUUGGAAAUGCCUUCAACAGACAAAAACAUAUUUCCAGAAAAUAGAGAUCUUGGGCAGGUCCAAGAAUUAUCAAAGAAAACCGACAUAGAUGCCACUGUUCACUCUGCCUUUAACUCAGACACGAACAGAGCUUCUCAGAAUGACUCUCUUCUUUCCAGUCACCAUACAGAAACUUCAGUGCUGUCUUGUGAACAGGCAAAUGCUGUAGAGAAUACAGUUACUACCACUGCUCUCCUGACUUCUGCUACUGAGUCAGAAUAUAAUUGUAGUCCAACAAGGGAAACCCAGGGUCAACCUGCAUCUAAACCUGAAGAAGUUUCCAGAGGUUCAAGAAGAGUGACAUCAGAGACUAGGAGAGAAAAGUGCAUAGGCCAGAUGUUCCAGUCAAGAGAAUACAAUGUGGAAAUGUCUCAAGGGCCAAUGAUUUUAGUCAGUGAAUCUCGUGAGAACAUAGAAAGGGAAAGGCAUGAAAAUGAAGGACUGAUUAACUCAGGUGACAAGGAAUUUGAGAGCUCUGCUUCUACUAGUCUGCCUGUGCAGGAAACUCAAGAUCAAAGCAAUGAAUCUCUUCUUUCAAAAUACACCAACUCUAAAAUACCUUAUUUCCUUUUGUUUCUGAUGUUUCUUGUAACCGUCUACCACUAUGACCUCAUGAUAGGCUUGGCAUUCUACCUUUUCUCAUUGUAUUGGCUAUACUGGGAAGAGGGGAGACAAAAAGAGUCUGUCAAAAAGAAGUAA